AAUGGAAGCUCUCCAGUAUCAUUCCACUUCACAAGAAAGGAGACAAAAAUUAUGUUGAGAACUACCAACCAAUAUCUUUUAUGUGUGUUGUUGGGAAGGUGCUUGAGCAUUGUAUUUACAAUCGACUGGUAGAACACGUUCGGAAACUUAUUUCUGAUUGUCAACAUGGUUUCAUAAGAGGGAAAUCGUGCACAAGUCAACUCCUUUCCGUGCUCGAUUGUAUUG